UCAUAUUGUCGGCUACUAUCAAGCCCGUGGCUCCUUGAAACGUUUUCCCGCCGGUUCCAUUUCCCGCCCACUAGAACCAACCAUAUAAAAACCACCACCGCCACUGAUACGCACAACAAAACUCUUCGUUUAUCAAAACCCACAAACACUCUGAAUCUGUUCGAGUUUGUGUUCAAAUGGCGUCUGAACAACUGACUGAAUACGAGCGAAAACGACUUCAAAACAUUAAACGAAACGACGAGGUUUUUGCUUCUCUUAAAAUACUCUCCAAGGCCUCCGAUCUCUCUGCUGCUGGAAAGCGCCAAAAAGUUGAGACUAAAUCAUAUAAAGUCAGUCCACAGAAGAAGGUCAAAUCCGAGACUCCAGUUGUGAUCAGGCGAUCUCUAAGAACUCGAGGGAUGCCGCCAGAUUCUAAGGGUUUAACUGAUGAUUUUGCUCAUUCUGAUAAUAAAAAUUCGAAGUCUUUUAGUUUAGAGGAGUCCUCUUCUCCUGAUUUAGAGGAGUCCUCUUCUCCUGAUGUGAGCGGUCCUAUUAGUUUCAAGGAUGCUUAUGCUGAUAGAAGUGAGUCUGGUUCUGAUAGACCACUUAUCGAUGCCAUUUUGAUUGUUGCUAAGCAACACCAUGGUGGUUUAAUUGAAGAGAAAGCUGAUAGAGUUUUGGAUAUUGAAAAGAAACCACGAGUGGCUGUUUGUGUUAAACCAGAAUGUGAUGAGAACUUGAGUGAAAAAUGUGAUUUGGGUUCCUUAGUUAAAGAUUUCGAUGGGUCUAAGGCUUGUAAAGAUGAGUUCAGUGGAAAGCAUGACGCUUGUUCUUCUGAUCUAAUGAAGGGUGUGGUGAAGACAGAGAAGAGUGAACAUGGGAGUCCUGUUGAUUUGGGAUCAUUGACUUUGAAGCCAAACAAUAUAGCACGAAUUAUGCCUGGAAGGAUACUGAUAGCAAAAUUUUUUCCUUCUAAUGACAUGAGGAUGAUUAUGGCUGGGAAUAAGUAUGGGAAUGUUGGAUUUUGGAAUUUAAAUCCUAUGCAAGAAGGAGAAGAUGGGAUUUAUUUGUACCGCACUCAUACUGGUCCUAUAUCAGGAAUUGAAGUUCAACAAUCUUGCUUGUCUAAGAUCUUUACCAGCUGCUAUGAUGGUUUCAUCCGAUUGAUGGAUGUUGAAAAGGAGGUAUAUGAUUUGGUUCACUCCAGUGAGUACUCCAUAUAUUCUCUUUCACAAAACCCAAACAACGUGAACACCUUAUAUUUUAGUGAAGGUCAAGGGGGAUUAAAUAUUUGGGAUGUUAGAACUAAAAAAUGCACAACUGAAUGUCGUCUUCAUGAAGCUAGGAUCAACACCAUUGAUUUUAACUCACAAAACCUGAGUAUCAUGGCUAGUAGUUCCUCAGAUGGGACUGCUUGCCUUUGGGAUUUGAGACGUAUGCCUACUCAUAAACCCAAACCUUUGAAGAUAGCAAGUCAUAAAAAGGCUGUGCAUGCUGCAUACUUCUCACCCUCUGGGAAAUCCCUCGCAACAACAAGUUAUGAUGAUAAAGUUGGAAUAUGGAGUGGAGUCAACUUUGAGGACACUUCCAUGAUACACCAUAAUAAUCAGACGGGCAGAUGGUUAUCAUCUUUCAGAGCGGUAUGGGGCUGGGACGAUUCAUAUGUCUUCAUUGGCAACAUGAGAAGAGGAGUCGAUGUAAUUUCUCCAGCUCAAAGAAGAACAAUAAAGACUUUAGAGAGCCCAUAUUUGUCUGCAAUUCCUUGUAGAUUUCAUGCACACCCUUAUGAAGUUGGGACGCUGGCAGGAACCACAAGUGGAGGCCAGGUUUAUGUGUGGACAUCAAGCUAGGAAUCUGCAGAAGAGUAAUAAUAUAGUUGCUAAAUGACACGCAACUGUUUUUGUUACCCAAUUGAGAAGACACUCAUGGCUUGCAGGAUUUACUUUUAGUUGUCAAACUGAACUCACAGUUUUGAAACUGCUCUAUGAGGGAAAGUAUUAUACUAGUUUUAGUGAACUUUCAUGUAAUCUGUAAAUUUACAGUAAGAUCGAGUUAAUUUUUGAUGUAGCAAUUAAAUCGCAUCCCAUGUUAUCAUAAAGGUAUUGUUUACACUUUACAACUCUAAAUUUUCACAAUA